GCAAGCGAGCGAGGAAGAAGCCGGGAUGCUUUUUGGGCUGACCCAAGAUGGUAAGGUGUUCUUCCACGCGGAGCAGAACGACACCGCCUUCAUCCAACUCCGGGGCGAGCCCUGCGGCGGCGUCUGGGGCGUGCCCAUCGAUGUGGACGCCUCCAGCCGAGCCAUUUGGGUGGUGUGCUCCAAAGAGUAUAUGACCGAACAUGGUCUACAGUUGGAGCAUUUCCUCUUUGCCAAAUGGGGCUGGUCGACCUCCAAUAACCACGUUUGGUGGCACAUGAUGAGGGGUGGAGACGUGAUGCAGCUGGAUGCGGAUGACGAUGCCAUGUGGGGCUUAGAUGGUCAUGGCUCCAUUCUAUGGAGACCUGCUGGUGAUGUUGGAAAGCACAGCAGGUGGAUGCGAAUCGAUGGUCCUCCCAACGUCGCCUUGAAGCUGAUCGCGGCAGACAACGACGAGCGCGGCACUUGGCUCUGGUGCAUUAGCGACGAUGACCGAAUUUGGCGCCGGGACCCUGGGAAUUAUCACGAGAAGGAUCAGCAUGACAAAUGGAGCGACAGGGAUGAGAAUGGUCACUUGUACUGGACGAAACCCGAUGGUUCGGUCUUGAAAGACUUGAAAGCCAACAUGGGUUUUGCCUUGGCCAUUGAUGAUCGUGGCAAUUUGUUGCGGCGACACAUCAACGGCACUUGUUGCAUCGACCCAGCCUCCCCUGUCCACUGCUGGUGUGGCGAGAAAUUUGCACCAAAGCUCUCAGCCGUGACCGACAACGGCGACCAUGGACUGGGAUUCUACAUGAACGAGUACAACACCAACGUCAUUGAAUUGGAGAACCUCGAGAAGGUGAGAUUCCAAUCCAUCGAUGCUAAGCUCUCCAAUGCUUUGAGGAAAGUCAUCGACAAUGCUGGAGACAAGUCUAUGCAAGUGAAGUAUGACAUGUCCAUGAAGAACCAAAUGUAUGGGAAGAGUGGAGACUUCAUCAAGGGACGAACUAUUCGCAAUGAUCUUGAUUAG